UAUCUGGUAUCUAUCUAUUGGGAAAGUAUCGGUAGGCGACCAGGUCGAUCGUCUUGUCCUGGGCACGCAUGUCGACAUCGCUAAAGGACAGGAAGCUCUCGAACCCACACCUCUCCAGUAUCUUCUGACUCGCUGCGUUCGACGCGUCGAUCACCGCCACCAGGGCUUCCCGCACCUCCGCCUCCGCCUCCGCCUCCGCCCCCGCCCCCGCCCCCAACUCCGGCCCGGGCCCGGGCCCGCCAGCGCCCUCCGCCGAGCUGGCUGUUACCUCCCUGUCGACCCGUCCCUUCCUGGGCAGCCCAGAGUACAUGCCCAAGAAUGCCCUCAGGAAUUCUGUAGCUAUGCCUCUGCCCCACCAUUCCUUUCGGAUCAUGUAGCCCACUUCCGGCCACCCAAGCUGCGGACCAGCCGUGGCAUCGCCGGCCGGCUGCUCAAAGGCGUGCACGCCCCCCUGGCCGAUGAGCUCGCCCGUCUCCCUCAGGCAGAUUGCGCAGUUGAAGGUCUUUGUGUCAUUUGGCGGCAGGAAGAGCCCGAGUUUGGCUGCUGUUUCCUCCCGGUCGACAUCAACUCGCCCGACCGUCGUCCACUGCAUCACCUCGGGCUGCUGGCGCAGUGUGUACAGGGCGUCGAGGUCAGACGGGUCGAAGGGCCGCAGGACAAGCCGCGGCGUCGUCACAUGUGGCCUGGACGAGUUCGGGGGGAGCACCGGCAACGUCGUGCGGACCCUGACCCAGCCUUCUGGCUUCGAGGGCACGGGCGGCGGCAUGGCUGGUCGGUUGCUGGCAGCAGUCUGAGGCGGAGGUGCGAGCAAGAUAACCAACCCCCAUCCCUUGCCCGUUCUUGCUAGCGCGGGACCCGGACCCGGACCCGGCAGCCUGGACGACAUCAUGCAUCUUCAACGAGGUUUGAGGACCCAGGCUUCGAACACCCACCCUGUCUCGUCGCAUCUGUGCCUACAGAUUACAGAUCCUCAGCCAAGAUGAGUAAGGAAAUCCACGCCCUCAGCUGUGUCAACUGUCGCCAGCGAAAGGUCAAGUGCUCCAAGACCUACCCAUGCCCUCACUGCCUCAGGGGCGGCCUCGAGUGCAUCUUCCCUUCGCGUAAAAAGGACAGGCGCCCGCGCACAAAUAGAAACCACGAGCUGCUCAAUAGGCUGGCCAAGCUCGAGGCUAUUGUCGGCCAGGUGAGUCAGGAAGUGGACCCUGAAGCUGCCAGCCUGGCUUCCGGCCACCAGCCUGUGGUCACGGUACGCGCCGCCGUUGAAGCCGCGGACGAGGCUAUUGCGCAACCAGUCUCAAAAGAUGAACCCAGCGUAAGCGUAAAAUACGUGAGCGGAGAGUUCUGGGCAAACCUGUCCAGGGAGGUUGAGGGUAUCAAAGCGACCCUCGAGCAGCCGAGUGAUGAUGAGGAUGAGGAUGACGCCGAGCACAAAGCCCCCUCGCCCGAGUCACACCAGGGGAGUCACAGCAGCUUUGGUUAUAGUAUGAGCCCGCCUUUGGUCUUGGGGAGUGCCCCGGCGACGGAUGGGUUGUCACACCCGCCCACAGCGCGUAUGAAGACGCUGUGCGAGAUAUAUUUCCGCAGUGUCGACCCGUUGAUGAAGAUACUGCACAAGCCGACAACUGAGAAGGCUUUUGAGCUGUACAUGGUGAAUCCACUCCGUCACCCACUCAGUCGUGCAACCGAGGCCCUGUUCUUCGCCAUGUAUUUCGCAGCUGUGACAAGCCUCCGGCCCGAUUCCUGUCUGAACCAGCUCGGCGAGGAUCGAAGGGUGCUGGCUGUGCAGUACAAACAGGCAGUGGAGCGUGCCCUGGCCAGAGCGGACUAUCUCAACAGCACCUCGCUGGAAACCCUCCAGGCCUUUAUGAUCUACUCGACUUGUCUACGCAACUAUGCGGAAUCUCGCGCCUCGUGGGCGCUGUUGGCCAUGGCUUUACGCCUUGCCCAAGCCAUAGGUGUUCAUCGUGAUGGUGAUGGGUCCGCUUUUUCCCCUUUCGAAGCAGAAAUGCGUCGCAGGCUGUGGGCACAAAUCAUCGUUCUCGACGUCCGCGCUGCGCAAGAUCGUGGUACGGAAGCCAUGAUCAGGCAGGAAGAAACUAACACGGCUGCACCAUCAAAUGUUAACGAUGAUGACUUCGGCCCGCACACUUCUGUCCCGCUUGCGCAGCUGGAAAAGAAAGGCCCCACAGACAUAACGUUCAGCCUCUGCACUUAUCACUGCUCCAAGCUCUUCCUUCACAUACACGGGCCCAGGAUCCGCUUCUCCAAAGCUACCCACGAAACCACCCUCCCCGGACCACACGCACAGCCACAGGUCUCUGAGGAAGACAUUAUCCAGCGCAUCAAGAGUCUAGAAGCUCAGUUUCUAACCGCUGCUGCCGACCAGGCUGGCCAUCCUCAGGCCUCAUAUGCGGCUACCGUCUUGCGCAUAGCAUCAUUGGUCUAUUGGCUCAGCAUACAGUACCCACUGCAAGUAAGGCAGCCCACCAUCAAACCUCGCGUGAGCCGGGAGCAUAUGCUUCAGACGGCUGUCGCCAUCAUGGAGCUGCAGGCCUGUGGGCCGUCCUCCGCCGCCAUGAGCUCAGAGGAAUUCUCCGAGAGAUUCAUUUGGUGGCAAGACGGCUACAUUCCCUGGCACCCCUUGGCGGUCGCCCUGGCCGAGCUGUGCGUGCAGACAGAAGGUCCCCUAGUUGACAGGGCAUGGAAGACGAUUGACCGCGUUAUGCCUUCAUGGGGAGAUAAGGUUGCAGACACGAGGAAGGGUGCACUCUGGCGGCCAAUCCGAAAGCUGCUCAAACAGGCGAGACAGAGGAGGGCCGAAGCGCAGAUGAGGAGACUUGGUAUCAGCGAACCGGGACAGCAAGCCAGGCAACCGGCAGAACCGCCGUUGCAGGCUCAGGCAAAACGAGCCACAGGACAGCCGCUUGUGAAGCAGGCCGCGCCAACGGCGCCGUCCGAUUCGGGCAGGGCGAUGGACAGUAGCAAGCCACCACCGAACCCCGCCACGGCCCUCGGUCCCACGGGUGUUCCUCUGUCGCAAGAUUUCGGUCCCAUGCCAGAUAUACCAGCCGUGGCGCCUCCAUUCAUCUUAGAAAACAGCCAUCACCAGUGGAUGAUCGACUUUGCGGACAUCGCAGACGUUCCUGUGGACACAUCGAUUGAUUAUAAUGGUGCUGUGGGUCUCGGCGGGGGCGGCGGCGGCGGUUUCGACAUGAUGGACUGGAGUUAUUGGAACGACUUUGUCAACGAUGCCAGUGUGAAUGUGGAGGGGCAAACAUCCCCUAGUAGUGAGGGGAAGUAGAGGUUCUUGUUGACUCGCUACAGUACAUUUGUGCAUUCUUCGGAUUGCAAGAUUGUAUAGCUGAGGACACAGGCUGAGGGACGUCUCAUCAACCGCAGACGUGGGUCCUCGCUCGCGUGGCAGCCAAGGUUAUCACGAAUUUAACCUCCACUCAUAGAAAACCA